AUGGCGCACAACGCCCACCACCACGACGUCUUUCGCCAGGAGGGCCCUACGCCAGGCGCCGAGCACCACCCAGCCUCUGUGCAUGCUCCAACAUUGUCCAUGUCGAUGAAUCUCCGCAAUAGCUCUCAAAAUUCGCUCUCAGCGAGCCCAAUGAGCCCAAGCGCGCAUCGUCAAGUUCAAGGUCCUAUCUUUGGCGCGUUUGGCGCGUUCUCGAGUGCAGAAGCAAAUGCUGCUUUGCUUAAUCAAUUGAUCAGCAGUCACCAAGUGACCUCCCAAUCUCCAUUUCUCAACUCUAACAGUCCAGCGCCGUCGAUGAGCCCGACUUACUUCACCCCUUCUGCCUCACAAUAUGGCUCGCCGGACAACCAGGGGACAUUCUCUCCCCACCUCGCCACCCCUCUGGAUGUCGGCCACUUUAGUCCCAAUCAACACGCGCAUCCAGCGCAGUUUUAUGUCCACACUCACCGCCUAUCUUCUUCCACAUCAAUAAACAGCAUCCCGCCUACUUCUGGAGUGAAUACUGCGAUUCCAGGCAGUGCCAAUGCAGCGUUCUUCAGCUCUUCUCCUCCUUCGAGUACUCCGUACUCUACCCUCUCCUCGCCAUCUGCACCUGUAGGCGUGGGUUCAUACCCAAUAGAGGCACCGCCGCUCUUUUCCUCGUCCAAUAAUUACCCUGCUGCACAUCCUGAAUCGAUGGACUAUGUAAUGGCGGAGGGGAAACCUGUCCUCACCCGUCUAAAUCUGGGCGCGACGGUCCUGGGAGAAGGCGUGAUGGCGCCUCUUAAAGGGUCCCUUCCGCAAGAGUCCAAGCAGGCCACCAUGGCUCAUUAUCCUUCCCAGCAACACUCGCUGUAUGCAGCCUUUGAGCCGCAGUUCGUCCCUCCUCGCCCUGUGCAAGACGCGAAUGCCCUCCAGCUCAACCCCAACUCGUCCUCUUCUUCACUGGACUCGUCGCAGCCCUCUUUGCCUCUCCAUCUCGUCCAACGUAUUCAGGAGCUGGAACAUCCCGAGGAGCAGCGAGAAGUCUUCAAUAGGCUGCAAGAGUGGACUUCCUCUCUUGAUCCGAGACACUACGAGGAUCUAGAAAGAAUGACGCUCAUCGUCAAGAUCAUGUGCGAUUGGUAUUCUCAGCGUCGUCGGCCUGCAAAUGCAGACUUGAUGUCCUUUGCGGAGGGGCGUUAUGGCGCGCCUGGAGAGGCGGCAGGACAAAGUGCUGAUUCGCUAUUUGCUUCCCCUAUCUCACCUGUCAAGGCGAAGCGCGGUCGUAGAAAGACUUUGGAGGCGUCCGUACCCCUGCCUGCAUCCUCCACCGCUGGCCAGCGAGGAGGUCCCGACUACUACGUCUGUCUAUGGCCCAAUUGCAAGAAGCCGCCCCUUCAAGCUCGAACAGAUCGGGUGCAAGAAGAGACGCUCAUCCAUCUCAACCUUAAGACGCAUUGCUGCACCUAUUGCGAUAAGCGAUACCUGCGCAAUAACGAUCUCAAGCGGCAUAUUGCCAAGAGCCACCACGAUCAGACGCAAUCCAACUUUCCUACGCUUCCAUCCACUUCUGGACCACUUUCUGCAUUGCAAUCACCAGUGGAUUCGGUGACAAGCUUGCGGCAACCAUCAGCAUUGGCUACACGCACAAAGCGGCGCAAUCCCUACGAUCGCAUCACAUCAACGAAUCCUGCAAAUUCUUCUGGCACCUCUUCUGGUGUUGCUUCUAGAAGUGCAUCGAACAGUCCAGUCGUCCAGCGCUCCGCAGUCGGCGCCUCCCCUCGCUCACCACGUUCGCCCUUUCCUCACUUCACGUCCAUCGACACCACUUCACCUUCCGAUUCUCAACUACAAACCGGACUUAUGGGCCUCUUCCAACCUCUCGGCGCGGCAUCGACAGCAUUUCCUGGUCUCAACUUGACCGAGGAGGUAACCUCUCAACCUCAAUCGGCGAUCGUCAAUGAAUUUGCACAAGACGGGACCUCGCACGAGCGGGUCAAUGAGCAGCAGGAAUUACACUACCAUCCGACCCAAUAUCCAUCGGCGACGACGACGAUCAACGCUCAGCCUCCGACACUCACGCACCUCGCGCAGGCCUGGACUCCUCCAAUGAACGUUUCAAUGCCUCAACGACCAAUCAUUCAUUCACAACCGAAUAUUCGAGAUCUGCAGUACGACUACAGCGCGGCAUACGGAUCAUCGCUGCAGUAUGGAGCCUCUUCCUCUGGACAAGCGCCCUAUACCGUUCCUUCGCAGUCUGUGCCUACGACUUCUUCGACUCAACCCACAUCGCAGCAGCGUCAGCAGCCUCUUGGACUUUCGUAUUCCGAUCUGUUUCCGAGGGCUGCCGCCUCGUCGACAUCCAAAUCCGGAUCGAAUGGCCGUAGAUUGACAAAGAAGCGACGGUAG